AUGUCCGCCUCCGCCAGCUCCCGCGACAAUAGCCAUCCCUACGCCGAAGCUUCGCAGAGUCGCAGCCGCACGCCCUCCGGCCACUCAACGCCCCACGAACGCCAGGCUAGCGAUGACGAAACGAACCUGCUCGACGACGACCCUCUGGGCCCCGGCUUGCAGGAGCAGGUGUCCUUCAAGCGCCGUAACAAGAGCCUGAGCUCCAAUGGCAUCACGCUCUCCGCACUCCCCAAGCUGUUCACCUCGCGCCAGUCCACACCCAUCCAGCGCCCCUCCUCGUCGCGCGCCGAGCACCGUCGCAUACGCAGCAAUUCUGUCCUCGACAACCCCGACGGUAACCUGGUCGACGACUCACACGAUGCGAAGGAUUCGUCGGGUGUUGAUUGGUACAUCGAGGGUCCCGGCCGCCGCGUAGGUUACGACGACCUCACAGCUAUCGAUUGGAUCUUUGAAUACGCCAAGGAGCGCCAGCGCCUGCGCUUGCUGCACGCCGGCGCAUCAGGCGUCCUGGGCCAGCUCAAGCAGAUUGGGGACGCGAGUCAGAUCUGGAUCGUGCUGAUCCUGACAGGUCUGGCAAGCGGAUUGGUCUCCGCCUGCAUCGAUGUUGUGAGUGACUGGCUAGGCGACCUGAAGACGGGAUAUUGCAAGAACGAGGGUGGAGACGGCAAGUUCUACUUGCAUAGGAACUUCUGCUGCUGGGGAUACGCAGAACUGGCGCAGUGCGCCGACUGGCAUCCCUGGAGUAGUGCUCUUGGCGCCACCUCCAAGUCCGGCAGCUACAUCGUCGAAUACCUCUUCUUCAUUAUUUUCUCUGUCCUAUUUGCAGCAUGUGCCACUAUCUUGGUCAAACACCACGCCAUUUACGCCAAACAUAGCGGCAUCCCUGAGAUUAAGACCGUUUUGGGUGGUUUUGUCAUACGCUACUUCAUGGGCGGCUGGACCUUGAUCAUCAAGUCCCUCGGCCUAUGUCUCUCUGUAGCUUCCGGGCUGUGGGUUGGCAAAGAAGGUCCCUUGGUCCAUGUCGCCUGCUGCUUCGCGAAUCUUUUCAUGAAAUUCUUCAAAAAUCUCAAUGGCAACGAAGCACGUAAACGGGAGGUACUUUCUGCGGCUGCCGCUGCUGGUAUUUCAGUGGCUUUCGGAGCUCCCGUUGGAGGUGUGCUUUUCAGUCUUGAGACUCUGUCCUAUUACUUCCCAGACAAAACUAUGUGGCAGAGCUUCGUCUGCGCCAUGACCGGCGCAGUCGCUCUCCACUGGUUCGAUCCGUUCCGAACGAACAAGCUUGUCAUGUACCAAGUCACCUACCAUUCGGGAUGGCAUGGGUUCGAGAUGGUCCCCUACGCCAUCAUCGGUAUCCUUGGCGGUCUUUACGGCGGCUUCUUGAUCAAGUUGAACCUUAAGAUAGCCGAGAGACGACGCGACAGCCCCUUCUUUAACGGACCAAUUCGUGAAGUGGUUGCCGUCAGCCUCGUCACGGCCUUGAUCAACUUCCCCAUCAAGUUCAUGCGCGCGCAGGCCACAGAACUGCUUUACGUGCUCUUUGCCGAGUGCCGAGACAUCAUGGAUGACCAGCUCGGCCUCUGCAAGGCAGGAAAAGCCAAUACCGAAGUUAUCUCUCUCCUGAUUGUCUCCGCUAUUCUCGGAGUUAUCCUUGCAGCGGUCAGUUUCGGACUUAUGAUCCCUGCUGGUAUUCUUCUUCCUUCAAUGGCCAUCGGGGCCCUCUACGGACGCGCCGUGGGACUCAUUGUCCGAGUCAUGCACAUGUCGCACAAGAACAAAUUUCCGUUCACUGCGUGUGAACCUGACGUACCGUGCAUUACUCCAGGCACUUACGCGAUUAUUGGCGCCGCUUCUGCCAUCGGCGGAGCGACGCGCAUGACGGUCUCGAUCGUGGUCAUCAUGUUUGAGCUGACGGGAGCGCUCACGUACGUGCUGCCCAUCAUGAUCGCUGUCAUGAUCAGCAAAUGGGUCGGCGACGCGAUUUCACCGCGUGGCAUCUACGAAGCCUGGAUUCACUUCAACGGAUACCCAUUCUUGGACAACCGCGAUGACGACGGCUCGUCAGUUCCCGACGUGCCGGCGUCACAGGUUAUGACCCGUAUCGAGGACCUUGUCGUGAUUACGGCGACCGGACACACGAUCGAGAGCCUGCGUAGCUUGCUGUCACAGCACUCGUUCCGCGGCUUCCCCAUUAUUGAUAACCCACGCGACGCAUUACUCCUCGGGUAUAUUUCACGUACAGAGCUCGCGUAUGCACUUUCGGUGGCGAUAUCGUCGCCUCGCAACCUCUCGGUGGACACGGAGGCGUUCUUCGCCCACCAGCCCCUCUCUGAUCCGACAACCAGCCUCGAUCUUCGGCCGUGGAUGGACCAGACACCGAUCACGCUCAAUGCGCAAACCAGCCUCCAGCUGACGGUGAGCAUGUUCUCCAAGCUGGGGCUGCGCUACGUCAUCUUCGUCGAGAAGGGCUGCCUUCGCGGUCUCCUGACGAAGAAGGACGUGUGGUUCGUGCUGAACGGCGAGGGCGAGAUCAGGGAGUCGGGAAACAUCGUCGGGCGGGCCUCGCUGAGGGCGGAGGGGUUUGCGGCGGAGGAGAGGGGGCUGCUGGGCGCUGAUGAGGACGAGGACGAGGAGAAUGGCGAUAGAGCACACGGCCUUGGUUAA